AUGCGUUUUCUUCUGCGACGUUUCAUCAGAAUAGUUKUACCCUUUUCUYUUGUUAUUGCAGUUUACUUUAUCUGGACAAGUGYUGUCUAUUAUGACAARAACACAGAGGCUGGAGAGAUUAAUUCUAAUGUUAGCCCUAAUUAYAAUGGACUUGCUGUCCAACUAUGGUUUGAUCUGUGUAUUGUCGGAUUGCAGUCACUUUGYAWUCAUCCUCUCUUCCCUAAAGCUCCGAUGAAGGAAUUCACUAUCGAUCGACUGCAAGUACGCCGUAACCAUACAAGCUUUGCACAACGAAUCUUUGGCUACMUACAUCCACCRGUUACUGGAGAAUAUACUUUUUAUGUCACAUCUGAUGAUAGCUCUGAAGUUUGGAUCAGUAGGGACAUGGUUAAAAAGAAUUCAAGAAAGAUCUGCUCUGUUGGGGAACGGGAUGGUAGCUUAUCAUAUACCUUGCCAACUGAGUUUGAUAAAUUCCCUUCUCAGAAAUCAAACCCUAUACAUUUAAUAAAAGGUCAGCAGUAUUACUUUGAAAUAAUCCAUAUGCAAGUACGCGAUGAUGAUCAUCUGGAGGUAGCCUGGGUACRACCGGGCGAAAAAAACCUGUCAAUCAUUGACCAUCACGUGUCAUCAAUAGCUAAUGAGCCUACAAACGAAAGUCCCKUAUGUUUGACUUCACCUCAUCACCACAACAUAAGAUCAAUAUCCGAGGUAGAACAAUCAAGAUAUAUCGACCAUGCUGCAGUGAGUCAGGCCUUGCCGUAUUGUAAAUACAAGCCUUCAUAUCGGAAGCCAGUCACUCCUUUGAUGAGUAAUAAUCAACCUCUUUGGCGUUUUAAAACCACGCAAUUUGUCCCAAUAUACGUGUUUCCAUAUAUGGUAACACAAGGAAUAGAUAAUUUACUAACUUAUGACAGUUAUCAUUUGGAACCGAACGACGCAAAACGARUUACGAAGAUGUACAUGGAACAACUUAGCAAUCGAUACAAGGGGUAA